AUUUAAAGCUGACCGGAGUACAUCUGGAAGUUUGAGGCUGGAUGGUGCUGCAUACAGCGUGGAGAGAUAAGUGAUCAGUGAUCCCUCAUCCUGAGUGUCAGUCAGGGAGGCUCUUCUCUGCGCUUCCAGCUUGCUCUUGUCUUCCCUCUCUGGUGGUCUCUCUCUCUCUCUCUCUCUCUCUCUCUCUCUCUCUCCCUCCAUCUGUCGCCCUCUGGUUCUUCGCUCUUCCCUGCCUUUAAUUUCUUUCCCUCAAACCAUGGCUCCGACCCUGGCCACGGCGUUCGCCAGGCGCUGGUGGAUGGCGGUGACGGCUAUCAUUGAGAAUCUGCUCUUCUCUGCCGUGCUGUUGGGAUGGGGAUCGCUCCUCAUCAUGCUCAAGUCAGAGGGCUUCUACUCGUACAUGUGCAACGAGGAGGGUAACAGCUCCAGCUACAAUCUGUCCCAAACCGAGGUGACGCCGGCACCCGACGAGUAUGACUACUAUGAUGGUGAGGGUGCCGUGGUUGGUCUGGGCGACGGAGUGGAGAUGAGACCCCUUGUCCCCCUGGACGGGCCCCUGAGGAUGAACGGCUGGCUGAUCUGUAAAGAGCAGGAUGAGAUGCUGAACCUGGCGUUCACGGUGGGCUCCUUCCUGCUCUCAGCCAUCACACUGCCGCUGGGGAUCGUCAUGGAUAAAUAUGGGCCUCGCAAGCUACGACUGCUGGGCAGCACGUGCUUCGGAUUGUCCUGUCUCCUCAUUGCCUAUGGAGCCUACAAACCAAAUGAACUCUCUGUCCUUAUCUUCAUUGCGCUGACUUUCAAUGGCUUUGGGGGCAUGUGCAUGACCUUCACCUCUCUCACACUGCCUAACAUGUUUGGGGACCUCCGCUCGACCUUCAUCGCCCUGAUGAUCGGCUCCUACGCCUCAUCCGCUGUCACCUUCCCUGGUGUCAAGGUGAUCUAUGACCUUGGCAUACCUUUCAUCACUAUUUUGGUGGUGUGGGCUGCCUGUGCUGGACUGGUCUUCCUGAACUGCUACUUCAACUGGCCACUGGAACCAUUCCCAGGACCAGAGGACAUGGACUACAGUGUGAAGAUCAAGUUCAGCUGGCUGGGCUUUGACCACAAAAUCACAGGGAAGCAGUUCUACAGCCAAGUGACCACCGUGGGCCGCCGUCUGAGUGUUGGCAACAGCCUGAAGCAGAAGGAGCUGGCCACUAAGGACGGCCACAAGCUCUGCCUCUCCACCAUGGACCUGGAAAUGGAGUGCAGGCCACAGGAAGAGUCCCAGUCGUUCUUGAAAACUAUCAGCAGCCCGAUCUUCAUGCUCAGCCUGGUCACCAUGUCCGUCACUCAGCUUCGUCUCUUGUUCUACAUGGGGGCCAUGAACAGCGUCCUGGAGUCUCUCAGUGAUGGAGACCUCAACACAGUGGAGAGAAUGGAAGUUGUGAGUCUAUACACUUCCAUCUUUGGCAUGCUGCAGCUACUUUGCCUGAUGACCACUCCUGUGAUUGGUCAGAUCAUGGACUGGAAGCUGAAGGACUGUGAUGAUGGAGAGGAGGAAAAGGAACCCUGCAGCAAGGGGGAGAUUAAGAAAAAGCCCAGAGACAGAAAGACCCAGAAGGUGACCAAUGCCCUGCGAGCUUUCGUCCUCACAAACGUCCUUUUAGUAGGAUUCGGGAUCACCUGCCUAGUGCCCAAUCUCCCCCUGCAGAUUGUGUCAUUUGUCUUACACACUGUGGUGAGAGGAUUCAUUCACUCCGCUGUUGGUGGCCUCUACGCUGCUGUGUAUCCCUCCUCCCAGUUUGGUAGUCUGACGGGCAUGCAGUCUCUGGUCAGUGCUGUGUUUGCUCUGCUGCAGCAACCCCUAUUUCUGGCUAUGAUGGGACCCCUGGGGGGAGACCCACUCUGGGUCAAUGUUGGACUCCUUGCCCUCAGUAUGCUGGGCUUCUUGCUGCCUCUCUACCUGAUCUGCUACAGACGGACGCUCUUCAGAGAGCAACAGCAGAAGAUGGACAACGCUAAGAUCUACAUGAAAAUUAACGGCUCCGACAUCCCCGAGGCCUUCGUCUAGAGAAAAUGGAAAUGAAGAGAAACGGAGAACAGCAAGUGAAGAAGAUUUCUUACUGAGAAAGAUUGGCAGUCCAGUGAUACCUGCACACAUACGCGUUUAAAAGGACAACUGAAAUCUUAAAUAUCACAUUUAUCCACCGAUUACACACACACACACACACACACACACACACACACACACACACACACACACACACACACACACACACACACACACACACACACACACACAAACAGACUGCCACCCCCAUUUUGCCAAAAUCCCACCAAGAUAAACUGAUGCCGCGGUUGUCAUGGAAACGAGUCUUUUGGAGAGUUGCUGAGGAGAAAAGUGAAACGUGGAGAGGGGGAAAAAAAAUUAAAAAAAGAACAAGAGAGAGGAAAGACUGUGAAAGGAAAGAGGCAUCAGCCCUCUGCAUUCCCCCAAAUCCUCUGAAUUCUCUUUUUUUAUUCCCUCCUCUCUGAGCGGCACAUUAGUGCAGCUCCAUUCCACACCAGACUGCUUUAAUAGUCCCUAUACGAGCAGAAAAAGGAAAAAAGGAAAGCUUGUUUAGUCAACGAAUUUCCACCUGUGAGACCAGCAAGACUGCAAAAACGUCACCCUCACAACUACCAACCGUAUUAGUGAGUGAUUCCAUUGUUUUCGUUUGUGUUUAAUGUGCCGACUUUAAAUCAUGCUGAUUGUAAAUCCCAUAACACGGUGCUACCUAUCUAUUCAUCAGCUGGACUUUUUGACAGAGGGUGUAAGGUAAGUGUGGACUGAAUGGCAUUAACGAGUGGGAGGCAGGGGGAGGAGAGACGAGCCUUAUUGCUGAUGAUGAGCGAGAGGAAAAGACAGUCAUGAUGAUUAAUGAUGAGGCUUUUUUUCUCUUUAAUUUUUUUUUUUUUUUACAAGGCUAACAUCUUAUUACAGUAUAAAACUACUUUAGCUUAGAGUAUACUGUAGUAUUGGAUGAAUGUCAGUGUUUUAUAUGGCUGUAUUCUGUAAGGGGGACAUCAAACAAACUGCGGCAUGUUUUGCUAAAAGCGAAAUGUUCAUGUAUGUUUAGAUUAUUUAUUUUAUUUCCUGCUUUGUUUAGUUUCUUUUUUAUACUUUAAGUUUGCCGGAGGUUCCCUUUGAAUAUACCUUCAUAUAAAAGAGAUGAUUUGUUCAUUGAACUUUAUCUCCCCUUGGGUAGGUAAUACAACUUACAUAUACAUGUAGAUGUACUCAAUGUACAUCGGCAUGUGUCCAUAAAACCAUCAUCAUUCAGAUGCCUUUGCUUAAAGUCAAUAUUUCAUUCAGCUUAUUUACUUACUAUUAAAAGAAAUGCAGCACUUUAUUCCGCAUUAAAACCCUUUAAAUACCACACACAUCAGCUCAGUUUAGCACUUCUCUCCUGACGCCCACUUUCAUUUUCAGCUCCUCCCUCCUUCACAUGUGUAUUUAUUUUUAUUUUACACUCACCUUCUCCAUCAUAAAUUUCAUGAUGUAUUUAAAUGUUGCUGUGCUGGCAACUACACACACAUGUUGUGUACUGCGUUGUUCGCAUAGAGCUCUUCCUUCUAUCAUUGAACAUAGAUGUUUGUUAUAAAGGUAUUCCAGUUUAAUGUGGAAGAAUUUGUGGCCGGUUAAUAAAAAUGUGUUGAUCUCUUAAAA